UUUACAUCAAACUCAAUGAUUUUUUCCUUAGGUCCUAUUUGGCUUCCUAUAAUUGGAAAUUUACACCAAGUGAAGAAAUUAUCAAUAGCCCAAGGAGGACAACACUUGGCUUUUUCCAAGUUAUCUCAAGACUAUAAUUCUAAUGUUAUUGGACUGAAAUUAGGCGGAAAAUACACAAUAGUAAUUGCAUCUUACCCGUUAGUUAAAACAGUUCUUACUUCGGAAGAAUAUGAUGGAAGGCCUCAGAAUUUCUUCAUGAUUCUCCGAUCAUUGGGUACAGGAAAAGGCAUAACGGGAACUGAUGGAGAACUAUGGAGAAUUCAAAAACAUUUCGUUUCUGUUCAUCUCAGGCAGCUUGGAUUAGGAAAGACUGCAAUGGACACACAGAUACAAGCAGAAGCUUCCGAAAUAUUAGUAAUUAUCGAAGAAAAUGUUAAUAAAGAACUACAAAUAGGGCAAAUACUGCCAAAAUCGGUUCUCAACAUUUUAUGGAUGCUGAUGAGUGGUUUAAGGCUGAGUAGAAAUGAUGACCGUCUUAUAAAAUUGUUAAACCUCCUACAUAAAAGAGCAAAAGCUUUCGAUAUGGCAGGAGGUACGCUGAAUCAGAUGCCGUGGUUGCGAUUUGUGACUCCAGAAUGGACGGGUUAUAAUUUAAUUCGGAAUAUUAACGAGGAAUUCAUGACAUUGCUAAUGGAACCUAUUCGAGAACAUUUUAAAAAAUGGACAGAUGACCGAAAUGAUGAUUUGAUAUAUUCCUUCAUCACAGAAAUGCGAAAAGCUGAGGGUGAAAAAUCAACGUUUACAGAGGAUCAACUUUUGAUGGUUUGUUUGGACAUAUUUUUGGCUGGGGCACAGACGACCAGUAAUACCUUAGACUUCGCGUUUCUGAUGAUGCUGUUAUAUCCCGAAAUAAAAAAUAAAGUUCAUGCCUGUCUUGAUGAAGCAUUUCAGAAAUCCGAAGAAAUAACUUACAGUGAGAGAAAAAGAGUUCCUUACGUAGAAGCAGUUCUAUAUGAAACCGAGAGGUUUUGUACAAUAGCCCCAAUUAUUGGACCAAGACGUGUUCUUCGAAAAACUACUUUGAAUGGGUAUGACAUUCCGAAAGAUACAACAGUAUUAAUCCACAUACACUCAGUUCACAAUGACGUAGAUUAUUGGCAGGAUCCUGAGAUAUUUAGACCAGAUAGAUUCUUGGACCCAAAGGGAAAUUUGAUGUAUCAUGAUAGAUUUUUGCCAUUUGGUUUAGGUAAAAGGAGAUGUCUGGGAGAAAUAUUAGCAAAAAAUUGUAUAUUUACCUUUUUCUCGCAAAUCAUGAAAAGUUACCAAAUUGAAUUGCCACCUAAUGCUAAAAAACCUACAGGAGUACCUCAACCUGGAAUCACUUUAAGCCCAGAAAAAUAUAGAGCAAUAUUUAUUAAAAGAUGAGUGUUGUUGAAAUUGAAUUGGGUAAUUAUAGAAAUAACAGAGAAAAUAAAAACCUUUUUAAACGGAA